AUGUCCUCUGUACGAUCCGAAAUCGUCAAAGGAUUCGUAACAAGGGUCGGAACCGAAAUCGUGAAAGGCGAUAUUCAACUACGCCUUGGCUCCCUUGCUCCUGCGCGUGGCUCCCCAACAACUCGCUUAUGUUUGUCGAACUCGCCCAGUGCGCCAGAGCUUGUGCUGCAUCAGUUGGUUUCCGUGAGGAAUUUGGUCAACCAGAGUCUCGAUGUGGUGGACGUCAGCACUUGGACUGGCGACCCACUCAAUGCAAGUUUCAUAUAUGGGCAGCUGCGUCUAUUAUAUGAAACUCUGUCCGAGGCUCGGCAGAUGUUGAAGGGCGAGAGUGAUCAGGUCAGGGGCAAGUGGUGGGAGACAAGUGCGCUUGAGGAUAUGUUUGACCCACCGUUGCCGCUAAACCUUUCGUUCCAUCUCUCCAUCGCCGAUUCAGCCCUCGUUUUAUAUCUAAGGACGCUCGAGUCCAGCACACCCACACAUACUCCAACGGCUUUUGCCACCGACAUUUCUCUGACUGGGUUCAAUCUGCGAGACCGUUUGUUUGGAACUCGACACCGUGGACAUGAUGAGGCCGGAGAUGUUUUCACAUGGAAGGGAGACGAGGUCAAAGUAAGGGAAAAGAUUCGCGUGGAAAGUCAGGACCCGAGCCUGAUGGCAGUCAUGGCGAAGUUGACUGCUCUGCAACACGAAGUGAUGAAAUGGAUCUCUGCGCUGAAAGUGCUUAUGGGCAAUGAAGAUACCGAUAGCGAGGAAUACGAGUUUCCCCUUAAUUCACCGGUCGGAUUCCCCCGAAAAACUGCUACUGGUUAUCCAAUCGGACUGAAAGAUGGUCGGCGAUAUGCGUCUACGGUGCCCCCUGCAGAUGGCAACGUCAAUACGGAUCGGAAGGACGCUGUCUACGAUGUGAUUGAUAGGAUUGAACAGAAUGAGAUGGAAAUGGCCGAGCUUAUGGAUGAGCUGAGCCUAUUGGAUGACUAUUGGGAAGCUCUCAACCUUGAUGGUCCAGAGCUUGAUCAUGCGUUUAGCGAGACGAUCGGCCAUCGGGACCAGGAGACUUUAGAAGCGCGCGUGCAGGAGGCGAGGCAAAUGUUCGGGGACACUCUGCCUGAUGGAUAUCUGAACAAUACCGAGUUGCAGUUGUAUACCCAGUUGUAUGGCGAGCCAAUCAUUCGGCAGGAGGAGUUGGAGCUUGAAGCGGAGGAAGAUGAGAAGGACCCCGAUGUUUUAUUAUACCGUGAGGAUGGCCAGGGAGGGUGGGAAGCAGUCGAUGUAGAGCAGGCUGACUUAGAGGAUGAACCACCUGUGGUCUAUGAUAUGGAGGCUGGCCCGGCUGAGGAUGAAUCUAUCGCCAUGCAACGGACAAGGGAAGUGGCAGAACAGCUCGGCGGAGAAAUCAUGCUGGAGCAGUUCGAAGAAGAAGCAAACCCGGAUGACACACCUCGACUACAUCCUCUCACUGUGGAGGGGAAGUUCUCUACUGAUCCCAGCACUGUUUUCUUGCCUAAGGAUACAGUAACUAGUCCCAUUUCCAUCAUUUUAUCCGACUACGCCAAUAAACAUAUCGCAGAUGUUACCCAUCGCACCUUUGGCGGCCCGCGUCUGCCUUAUUCUACUACCACUCCUCCACCACGCGCACAGAUGCCUCAGCUUCCUAUUCCACUAGAAGCUUCCCAGCGGCACAUGACGGAAAUGGAGGCGAAUGCAUAUAUUGCGGCUCUGUACCCCGGAAUGUAUACCUCUAUACUAAGUACUCUGGUCGAGGUCCGAAAGCGGUUGGGCACAGAGUGGCUGCGUGGGCUCAUCUCGAAAGAAGAUGGCCCGCAUAUCCUUGAUGCUAGUGGUGGCGGUGCAGGCGUCCUUGCCUGGCGAGAUGUCAUUCGCGCAGAGUGGGAGACUAUGGUCCCAGACCACCCGAAGAAAAGUCCUUAUCCUGUGGGUAGAUCGACUGUCGUCACUGGUUCGGAUGCCCUUCGAAUGCGCGCAAGUUUAAUGUUGGAGAAUACUUCAUUCCUACCACGCCUGCCGGACUACGUUCACAUCCGCGAGAAACCAACUCUAGAUGAUGAGAGAGCUCCUCCAAAGCGAAAGCAAUAUGACAUCAUCGUCGCUCCCCAUAGCUUGCUCGGCAUAGAGGAGGAAUUCUUACGCAAAGAGCACGUGGAGAACCUGUGGAAUCUCCUCAACCCUGACGGCGGUGUUCUGAUCCUUCUCGAGAAGGGACACCAGAAAGGAUUCGAAGCAAUUGCUGGAGCUCGUGAGAUGCUCCUGAAGCGUCUCAUCUCAAGUCCUGGCUCUACAGAAUAUACCAACUUCACUGAGUCGCCAAUUGAGGAUUCACAUAUCGAGAAGGAGCCCGGAAUGAUCGUCGCGCCCUGCACUAACCAUGAGAAAUGCCCUAUGUUCAGCGUCCCUGGCCAUUCCAAGGGUCGCAAAGAUUAUUGCCAUUUCCAGCAGAGAUAUAUCAGACCGUCAUUCCUCCAGCGCAUCUUAGGAGCCAAGGAUCGGAACCACGAAGACGUGAAGUUUAGUUAUAUCGCUGUACGGCGUGGCGUGGACUUACGUGAGACGAAGGGUAUCAUACAAGGCCCCGAGGCUACCGAAGCGGCCUUUGCUGGCUACGAAGAUCUACAUGAAACAGCUGUAGAAGAGAUGGAAGCAUCAAACGAAGCUGGUGGCUCCCAGGCUGAGGUAAGCGAACAGGCCAAGCCCGAGAACUUCCACACCUUGUCUCUUCCUCGUAUUGUGUAUCCUCCAAUGAAACGCCGCGGACAUGUUAUCUUUGAUUUCUGUACGCCCGCUGGAAAGAUUGAGCGCUGGACUGUUCCCCGCUCCUAUAGUCGUCGGGCAUACAAAGAUGCUCGCAAGUCAAGUUGGGGAGAUCUGUGGGCUCUUGGUGCGAAGACCCGCAUCCCAAGAAGCUUGAGAAUCGGUGAUAAGCACGGCGAAGGCAAGAAAGAACGUUUGGCCAGGCGGGCAGCUUUCAGGGCUGAAUUAGCCGAGGAGGGUGAACUUGAGCAGCAGGCCGAGGGUUCUGAUUGGCCCGAAGUGCUAAUCCCGCAAAGAAAGAAGGGUCAAACAAUUCCCAGUUGGAAAAAGCAUGCGGACAAGAAGAAGGUGAGACAGGCUUCGAAGAAGCAUGCCGCUGCGAAAGUAGCGCAGGAUGACUUUUUGGUUUGA